AGCCUCCAUGUCCUGAACAAAAUUUCAUGCCGUGUUCUUGGUGCUAUAAACAUAAUUUGUCCUGUCGGACAGGUCCUGAUUCAUCUCGCUGUGCUGUUUGCAUAAAGCGGGGUCGAUCAUGUGACGGACUAGCCACUUCGUCGACAAUAACAAGAUAUUCCACAGUAGUGGAGGAUCUAAAGCGUCAGGAAGACCAAGCCGAAGCGAAGCUCAGCGAACUUCAAGAACAGUUAGCCGCUGCUGUGGCUCGCUUGUCCCGGCUACGCAAGACUAGAAAGGCGACCGAGGACCGUAUGAAUCAGCUAUUCGCUCGAUCGAUGGCAGAGCUAGACGAGGAGGAUAAUUGCCUCCCUCCAGAAACGGUUCAGACUCGAAUUAUUAAUGACCGGGCGGAAUGGGGCCCGCCGGAUGAGAUUGACUGGUCUAAAUACGGGUUUGACACGGGCUCAUCACCCGAGUUUCCUGUAUAUCCACCUAAGUCGCCUUUACCAUGCGACUCCUCUCAACCUGGUUCGCCAGGUUUAUAAUUCCAACAACCCUUACCGCCCAUCAUUCUUAAUGAAAGGUCCCCCCCCGGAGGUGGCUUGCCCAUCGCUCAUCAGUCUCCCCCUGAUUCUGUAUCGGGUGAUACAGUAAUGCACUCAAGACCUCGCUCUAUGAAUUACACAGCGUCUAGCCUCUCAUCGUAUUCUUGGUAUUGGGUUCUGCACCACAUGACACAUACACACUCUUGGGUAAGUGCCUACUGUAACUGCUGCGCCCAACCGCUGUAAUAACGGAUGAGUGAUCCCGCCGAGCAUGUAUUCAAAUGUACGUCUGUUAGACAACCUUUCUAAGG